CACACAUCUAUCCAUUCUCCUCUCCAUCAAUGUCCGAUCACCUCAAGGCCACGCUCAAAUACUGCAGAAGGAUCCUCGUCAGCAAAGAACAAUACGAUCUGAUCGCCGGGCUGGUCCUUCUAUCCGAACUUGUCCUCAACACCGCAAUCAUCAAGUAUGUGAGAUAUACCGAAAUUGAUUGGAUUGCGUACAUGCAACAAAUCCGCAGUUAUUCGCUUGGAGAGCGGAAUUAUCUGAAGUUGAAAGGCGAUACGGGUCCCCUAGUUUAUCCAGCUGGUUUUGUCCACGUUUAUUCAGUCUUGUAUUCUCUCACUCAACAGGGACAAGAUGUGAAACUGGCGCAAUAUCUGUUUGGGGCCAUUUAUUUGAUCACCAUGGGGUUUGUGUUGGCUAUAUAUAAACGCUGUGAAUCUCUGCCAACAUACGCUAUUUUCAGCUUGAUCCUAUCCAAACGAAUGCAUUCAAUUUAUGUCUUGAGACUGUUCAACGAUGGGAUUGCCAUGAUGGGUCUAUACGUCAGCAUCUGGUGCUUGGUUACUCAAAGAUGGAACUGGUCUGCUUUGUGGUUUAGUUUGGCUCUAUCGAUCAAGAUGAACAUACUUCUAUUUUUUCCAGCUCUCGGAUUUAUCUACUUUCAAACUGUCGGUGUUCUAAAAACCAUCAACCUGAUGCUAAUUAUAGUACUUGUACAAGCAUGGUUAGCAAUCCCGUUUCUGCUCGAAUUUCCUCGAGAAUAUCUGAGCAAGGCGUUCGAGUUCAAGCGGGUGUUUGAGUAUCAAUGGACAGUCAACUGGCGAAUGGUCCCGCAAAGCACCUUCUUAUCGUCUGGCUUUGCCAGCUCACUCACCCUCCUUCAUCUCUCAACCCUUGUCUGGUUUGCAUGGACUAGAUGGAGUCGCGCAUCCCGAGGGGACAGCUUGAUCUCACUCCUAGUCAGGGGAUUGCGAAAUUGGAACCGCCCAGCAGCGAUCCACCCUGAUCAACUAACACCCGAUUAUAUCGUCAAAGUCUGUUUCACAUCCAAUUUAAUUGGGAUUAUCUGUGCGAGAACAUUACAUUAUCAAUUCUACAGCUGGUAUGCUCAUCAAAUCGUCUUCCUGGCGUGGCAAACCCCUUAUCCUAUCUUUCUACGGAUCUUAUUAAUGCUAUCAAUUGAAUAUAGCUGGAACGUCUUCCCUUCGACAUCCAUCUCCUCGACUGUCCUUUUACUCUCUAAUACAUCAUUGUUGGUCGGGACUUGGUGGUCGUUCGACCAGUCUUGCUCGGCUACCCCUGUUGCAGUCAAGAAGAAACACAAGGUGACAUGAUGAAAGCUGUGGUUGAAAUGUAUUGAUUGAUGCGCUACACAUCAAUCCUCCUGAUGGGAGUUUAGGCGACACCAAAAAUGGAGGGUGGUCCAGUAAAACACUCGACCCCUGCUUCAGUUACCAAGAUGAAUUAUAUUAGAAAAAAACCC